AUGGAUGGGCUACAGGAAAACGGGUGGAUGCCUAAGCAAGGAAGGCAAGCAUCGUAAUCAUCGCCAUUGCCAUGUUGGUGGUGAGCGCAGGGCCUGCUUCAAGGCCUUUACCCAAACGCUCCUUCUCUCUCCCUUCCUCUCAUCACAUUUCAAAACAUCCAGCAAAUCACUUUUCAAAUUCAUGGAUUAAAACCAACACCUCUCUCUCUCCAAAUCUCUCUAAAAAUUCGAGGUUUUUGAGAGCAAAGAGGAGACCAUUGCCAGUGGUUGGCCCUGUGGCUUGUGUUGGUGGUGAUGAGAAUAGGAUCUCCGUUGAGGACGAUGGGGUCCCCUUGGAAGGUGUUAUACAGUUUGAGAAAUCGGGGUAUUCUCUCUCUUCGUGGGCACGUGUUGCAUUUCUUGCAGGUGGAGAUGUUUUGUGCUUGUUGGUGUUUGCAGCGAUUGGAAGAUUCAACCAUGGCUUCCCUGUCUUCGAUAUCGAAACCUUUCACAUAGCUGACCCUUUUAUUGCAGGAUGGUUAUUGAGUGCUUAUUUUCUUGGGGGCUAUGGACCGGAUGGAAAAGGAGCAAAUGGUUUAGGGAAAGCUGUUAUCGCUGCGACUAAGUCAUGGGCAGCGGGCAUUCCUCUAGGUUUGGUGAUCAGGGCAGCUACUUCAGGCCAUAUCCCUCCACUUCCUUUUAUCUUGGUGUCGAUGGGGAGCACUGCAGUUUUGCUAAUUGGUUGGCGAGCAAUGCUGAAUGCACUCGUUCCUUUUGAUCUAAAUAAGAAGAACGAAGUAUAUAGGCGUGGGAAUCCAUUUGAGCUUUUUGAGCUCCUCACGUCUUUGGUGAGAAGAUGGUGAAGAUAGCAACCGAAGCCCUGAAUUUUGUGCAUCAUUUUUUAUGAAUAGUACAACUAAUUGAAAGAAAACGACCAAAAAUUUGUAUAUUCAUCUGCUGUUAUCAAUGCUGCCAUACUGCUGAAUUCUUAGUUGUAACAUAUAAUCGCUAGGUUAUGGCUUUUGGCCGAUUCUUUUACGGUGUGUUGUUAAAAUCAAGCAAGGAUAGUGAGAUUAUAAUCCUUGAGAAAUACUUCGGGAAGAAAUCGUUGCUCUGGCUUCAAAAGUCUAUUUCCAUUUGAUGAUUAUAAAAUUUGUAAGUCAAAAUAUUGUAUAGAUAUUGUGGAUAUGUGAAUAUUUGAAAAUGGGCGGUGUCUA